CACCAACGUUUCUUUUUUUUCCAGAAUGAUCAUGGAAAAGUUCAUGGCGAUGGGAGGCUGGGUGGAUAGGGUGAUGACUAUUGGCAUGCGAGGACUUUGUUCUUUGAUCGCUCGAGGAUUUCGAGAGUGGAAAAUUGAUCGUGACCUCAACAUACCACGCGAGAUUGAAUCUCGUGGUGUGAUGGAUCCGGAUGUACUGCCGUAUUAUCCGUAUCGGGAUGACUCUGUGGACGUCUAUAAAGCAAUUCACGAGUACGUAUCGCGAAUAGUCAAACAUCAUUAUGAAAAAGAUGGACAAAUUUCAGAAGAUACUGAGCUUCAGAACUGGCGAGAAGAGCUGAUUAAGACUAGAGAGGAAGGUGGUUGCCACAUUAUGGGUGUCCCAGGGGAUCAUCAGUUGGGAUUCACUAAUGUAGAAGAAAUUAUCGAAACCCUGACGGCCAUAAUAGCAAACUGUUCCGUCUUCCACGCAGCAGUAAACUUUCAGCAGUAUGAUGAAUGUUCGUUUCCCCCAAACUACCCACAGUCCAUGAGAGGGGUCAUCUUGAGGGACAAGCGCCCUCGUACGGAGAAAGAUAUUCUUGAACAACUGCCCAACAAAGAAACGACGUUUGAUGUAGUACUUGCUAUGCGCAUGUUAAGCACCAAAGCCACCAAGUCUUUGGGUGAUUUUGAAGUUCGAUAUCUUUUCGAUCCCUCUGACGUGGAGGCGCAUAAAGAGUUUGUAGAAGAGCUUAAAAACAUCAGCGAAAAAAUCAAAAAAAGAAAUGAGACACGGAAGUGCGCCUACACCUGGCUUGAUCCAGAGAUAAUCCCUAAUUCUGUGGCAAUUUAGUCUCAAGUUCAGAGUUUGAUCCUACCUUUUAACAGCAGCUUUCUUUCUUGGGGAAAAUUAUUUUAUUAAUCAUCAUUAUUCCAAAGUUAUAUUAUUU